UAAUCUGUGUCUGUUUCCAGAUUCACGCGCCGCCGCGAAAACGAUUAAAGGUUUGAGAGAUGCAAUCCCAAGGAAUAUGGAGCACGCUAUGGAGGAAAUACGCAGACUAUAAGUACAACAAGUUCGAGAGGUUCGCUGUCUGGGAGAUGAUCGAGCCUUACCGUCGACCCAAAACCUUCACAGCUUUGAUUACUAUCUACGUCGCCGCCUUUUACACCGGCGUCAUCGGGGCUGCGGUUACAGAGCAGCUUUACAAGGAGAAGUUUUGGGAAGAGCACCCAGGCAAAACGGUGCCUCUGAUGAAGCCAUUGUACUAUCGAGGACCAUGGAGGGUUUAUCGUGGUGAAGCUAUUGCUUCUGAUGCUAGCAGCAGCCAGUGAGGGUGCUGAGCUUCGCUGGUAUAUAUACAAAACAACUUUGUGUUUUUCUGUAGAAUGCUUGUGUUGCCCGUACUUUGAGUUGUUUAAAUGUCUUCUACGUUUCUGGCUGAUAUAUGCUUUGUUGUAGACAAUAAGGUUUAGCAACUCUUUUAAGAAUAUGGUUCUUGAAAUUCAUGUAAUGACAAUCUUGUUAUAACAUUAACGUUUUUGCUAUGAUAAGUUUAAGGGUUUCCAUCCA